UUUCUGAUUGGUUGUUUCAGCCAAUCGGGGGCAGCGUGAAAUCUCGCUGCUCGGAUUGACGACGACCAUGGAGCGGAGUAGUGACCUUCUCUGUGCUACAAAGUUUUAGUUUUUCUCGUUUCAGGCCCCAAAAGGAGUCAUGGGGGAAAUAGAAGGUUCCUAUCGGGUCCUGCAGACCCCCGGGACUAGACUGGGAGCCCAGUUCAAUGCUGGGAUCAGCACCCUGGAACCAGGCCAAAGUCUCAGUGGCAACAUGGGCAGUGGGAGCAAAGGUCAUGGGCGAGGCCCUCAUAUCCGUGUGCAGGGCCUGGACGACUCCCAGGAGUUCUUCGACAUAGAUUCCAAAGCUCUUGGACAGACCCUUCUGUCUAAGGUUUUCCACAGAGGUAACCUCAUCGAGAGUGAUUACUUCGGCCUGGAGUUUCAGAACGUGCAGAUGAACUGGGUUUGGGUGGAUCCCACUAAACCUAUUGCAAAGCAAGUCCGAAGACCAGCAAAUACUCUGUUUAGACUUUCGGUGAAGUUCUUCCCCCCUGACCCCGGGCAACUGCAGGAGGAGUUCACCAGGUACUUAUUCUCCCUGCAGAUGAAGAGAGAUCUGAUGGAGGGCAGGUUGGUCUGCACAGAGAAUACCGGAGCCUUGCUGGCCUCCCACCUCGUCCAGUCGGAGAUCGGUGACUAUGAUGACGUAGCAGACAGGGAGUUUUUGAGGUCCAACAAGUUGUUGCCUUAUCAAGACAAAGUGCAAGAGAGGAUCAUGGAGCUCCACCGCAGACAUCUGGGUCAGACUCCUGCUGAGUCGGACUUCCAGAUCCUAGAGAUUGCCCGUAAACUGGAAAUGUACGGCGUCCGCUUCCACACUGCAGCUGACCGGGAGGGAACCAAAAUCAACCUGGCUGUAGCGCACAUGGGGCUUCAGGUGUUCCAGGGCAACACAAAAAUAAAUACCUUCAACUGGUCAAAGAUUCGCAAACUGAGCUUCAAGAGGAAACGGUUCCUGAUCAAACUCCACCCGGAAGUUCACGGCCCCCAUCAAGAUAUUCUGGAAUUCACGAUGGCCAGUCGAGACCAGUGUAAAAACUUUUGGAAGAUCUGUGUGGAAUACCACUCCUUUUUCCGUUUGUUUGAUCAGCCGGAACCCCGAUCCAAAGCAAUCCUCUUCACUAGAGGCUCCUCCUUCAGAUACAGUGGAAGGACGCAGAAGCAGCUGGUGGAAUAUGUCAGGGAAAACGGAUCAAAGAGAACUCCCUACCAGAGGAGAAAUAGUAAAAUCCGAAUGUCGGCCCGUUCCUUCUCAACCGAUGUGCCAAUACAGACCUUGUCCUUCAGUGACAGUCCCAGAGCUUUGGGCUUCCCUUCCUCCACUGCCGACUCCUUCCAUUCUGUCCACAAGUCGAGGAUCCUUCCACAGACCGAACUGCCGUCUCAUCCCAAGCCUUUGCCCUCUCAGAGCCAGUCUCCUGCACCCGCUCAGCAGCUCCAGUCCCCACCACAAGCCGCUAGACCCCCCAGCCCUCCACAGGAAGACCCAGUCAAGGCUGCUUCCUCGUCCCACUUCUCGUUUCAAGAUUCAGUGUUGGACAAUCCUCAGCUGUCACCCCUCACGUCCAAGGGUCCCCUCUGCCUGUCUCCCUCCUUCCAGAUGUCCACCCUGAGCCUGCCCAGCCAGGCCCCGUCGCCCCUGCAGAGCCCCGUCCCGAGUGAGGUGGGCAGCACUGCCAGGUUGGAAGAGGAGGAGGAGGGCAGGAGGAAGCGAUACCCCAUCGACAAGGCCUACUUCAUUGCCAAAGAGAUUUUGACCACAGAACGAACGUACCUGAAGGACCUGGAGGUCAUCACUGUGUGGUUCCGUAGCGCUGUGAUCAAAGAAAACGCCAUGCCCACGGGCCUGAUGACCCUCCUCUUCUCCAACAUCGACCCCAUCUACGAGUUCCACAGAGGCUUCCUGAAGGAGCUGGACCAGAGGCUGGCUCUCUGGGAGGGGCGCUCCAAUGCUCACGCCAAAGGUGAUCACCAGAGGAUCGGUGAUGUGAUGCUGAAGAACAUGUGUGCUCUUAAGGAGUUCACCAGCUAUCUGCAGAAGCACGAUGAGGUUCUAACAGAGCUGGAGAAGGCCUCCAAGCGGCUGAAGAAGCUGGAGACGGUCUACAAAGAGUUUGAACUCCAGAAGGUGUGCUACCUGCCCCUCAACACGUUCCUGCUCAAGCCCAUCCAGCGUCUCAUGCACUACAAGCUCAUCCUGGAGAGACUUUGCAAACAUUAUUCUCCCAUGCACCAUGAUUACGACGACUGCAAAGAGGCUCUGAAGGAAGUGGCAGAAACAGUCACACAGCUUCAGAGCAGUCUUAUACGCCUGGAAAACUUCCAGAAGCUGACAGAGCUGCAGAGGGACCUGAUUGGGAUUGAGAACUUAACAGCUCCAGGCAGGGAGUUCAUCAGAGAGGGGUGUCUGUUCAAGCUGACCAAGAAGGGGCUGCAGCAGAGGAUGUUUUUCCUGUUCUCAGACAUGCUGCUCUACACCAGCAAAGGUGUAACGGCCACCAAUCAGUUCAAAGUGCAUGGACAGCUGCCUCUUCAUGGGAUGAUUGUGGAGGAAAGUGAAAAUGAAUGGUCCGUCCCUCACUGUUUCACCAUUUACUCGGCUCAGAGGACCAUAGUGGUGGCUGCCAGCUCUAAAGUGGAGAUGGGGAAGUGGAUCGAGGAUCUGAAUGUGGCCAUCGACUUGGCAAAGAAGUCUGAAGAGAAAUCCAACAUCUUCCUGGACGCCAGCCUCAGCGACUGCUCCAAUCGAUCAUCCGAUGAGGUUUCUCUGGAGCAGGAGCAGGAGUCUGAGGAUGACAUGAACUCCUCCCACACCUCCCUGGACAAGCAGACGCACCACCGUGCCAACACAACCAUGCAUGUGUGCUGGCACCGCAACACCAGUGUGUCUAUGUCUGACCACAGCCUGGCUGUGGAGAACCAGCUGUCCGGCUAUCUCCUGAGGAAGUUCAAGAACAGCAAUGGCUGGCAGAAACUUUGGGUUGUUUUCACCAACUUCUGCCUGUUCUUCUAUAAGACUCACCAGGACGACUUUCCUCUAGCGAGCCUCCCGCUGCUCGGCUACACGGUCAGCACCCCCGAUGAGUCAGACGGCAUCCACAAGGAGUACGUCUUCAAGCUGCAGUUCAAGUCGCACGUGUACUUCUUCCGAGCAGAGAGCGAGUACACCUUUGAAAGAUGGAUGGAGGUGAUCAAGAGUGCAGCGAGCACAGCGGGCCGCAUCAGCCUGCUCAUACCUAAAGGUGGUCCUGUGGAGAUGAACGGAAAAUGAGCAGAGCUCUGUUUAUCCGGGGGCUGGGCCUCUGGUGUCGUGUGUAAAGUAAACGUUUGAACUUUAACAACUGGAGACUGAAUGAAACUACCAGAUUAGUAUUAAUGUAUUUCAGCUUCUCUGUUUGUGCUUUUUCUAGUAUCGAUAUGCGUACCACUCACCUCAGUUUAAGGGAUAUAAUGAAAGGGAGGUUUGUAUAUUGUAAUUAUUGUUGCUUUGCGUGGUUAGUGUCUGGUUAUGUCGACUCGUGAGAAAAAAUGGGACCAGCAACAAAGCAAAGGGCUCAUUUUGAUGCCUUUUGAAGUAUUUUCUGCAUCAUCUUGUUUGGUACUUUGACUGGGAUACAGGUGAACCACAGCAUGUGAAGCACGGGGGUGCAGCUAAGUGUCGCGCUCUGUUGUCAUCGAGGAAAGAUUCUGCACGUGUGCUAUGAAGGUGAGCUGAAGGGUAACAUAAAGGUGGAGACAACACGUUUGGAAUGUCUGCAUUUUUUAGCAGCUGGGAUAAAUGGAAAUAAGUAUUAUGCAAGUCCAGCCUGGAGGUUUAUUUUCCGGCUAAGAACACGACUGUGUUUUUAUUUUUAUUUUUAUUUUGUUUUUUUUUUUAAAAACGGAGCUGCUCUGCUGAGCACUCUGGGUUAGUUAUGGCCAGUUUGAUGCUAUGCCUCUGUAAUAACACGUGUAACCAGAUGUAUCCUGUUGUGUUAUUUAACGAUUACUAAAGACUGCAGCAGUUUCAUUCUUAAGUACAAAUCUGAAGUGAUUUUUAGUGUCAGGCUGUAGAUAAACGGGAGCUGACCUGGUUUAGUGUUUCACCUGAAGUCGUUGUUUGUUUUAUAUUUUCUGUGGAGACUGGAAUCUGUUUUCUUUGUGUGGUCUUCACCUGGAGCCUCGACAGGAAGGGAUGGAAGAGGCCAUCUUUAAACCGUUUGACAUCCCGUGUGUGUUGCUGCACAGUAUUUUACUCACUAUUUAUUUCAUAGUGUCAUAAUGUAGGCUUCGUGUUAUCCCGUUGAAAAUAUAAAAGAAAUAAAACUCAGUUUGCAACUGAA